GAUCGCGCCAGGGCGCCUGCGCCGGCGUCCGCGCGCCUGCGCACAGCGACGCGGCGCCAUGGCGGAUAAAGAGAAGAAGAAGAAGGAGAGUAUCUUGGACCUGUCCAAGUACAUCGACAAGACCAUCCGGGUGAAGUUCCAGGGGGGCCGCGAAGCCAGUGGAAUCCUGAAGGGCUUUGACCCGCUCCUCAACCUCGUGUUGGACGGCACCAUCGAGUACAUGAGAGACCCCGAUGACCAGUACAAGCUGACAGAGGACACACGGCAGCUGGGGCUGGUGGUGUGCCGCGGCACGUCGGUGGUGCUCAUCUGCCCGCAGGACGGCAUGGAGGCCAUCCCCAACCCGUUCAUCCAGCAGCAGGACGCCUAGCCCGGACCCGCGCCCCCCAACCCACCCCGCAUACCUCUCGCAUCAGUUUUCU